CAACUCGGUUGAGUCUUGAUCUUACACACCUCGACAUUCCUCCGUUAAUUCUCGUUGAACAAUGGACGCCUUAACAUCGUGCUCGAGCAACAACCAGCUCAGUUGAGAUCGACAUCGUUCAUAUAAGGAGACAGUGUUCAAAUGUUAAGAUAAUAGUGCGAUAACAGUGACGUUGAUUUAAAAUAAUUAAAAAAAAAAACAACAGCGAAAAAUAAAUAUCGAAUUGUUUUUUUCUGAGAAUUGAACAAGAGCCGCUCUUGUGUAUGUGAAUUUAUAUUACAGUAGUUGAAGAAAAAAAAAAAUAAUAAAGGAUAGAAUAUAUUUGGAUGAAAGACCUACAUAUUUACGAAAGUACUGCGUGGCUAUUACGUUGCGGAAUAUUAAUCAGAGGUUGCUACUGACGAGAGCAACUCAUGCAGUAUAAGCUCACUGUUAACCUACGGUAAAAAAAAAAAAAAAUGACGAACGUUAAUCAAAUAAGGGAUCGAAUGAACUUUUUUGUCACACAUGUACGUACCAGUGGACAGUGGCUACAAAUUUGCGGUCAAAUAGACCGUAACAGUGCACGUGAGGUAGAGAGACUUAUAUCCUUUUUGAAAGAAGGCUUCGAUCGCGGUAUCGGCGUGAUAACGUCGAAAACUUUUCAACUGGGCAUAUGUUGCGCUUAUCAUGAAGAUAAUUAUUACCGCGCUAAAGUAUUGAAAAUUGAACCGGAUUCAAGAAUUUAUGUGGAGUUUAUCGACUACGGUAAUACCGAAUACGUCCAUGUAGGGCAAAUGCGACUACUCGAUGGAACCGCUGAGGGAUUAAAAUUGCAAUCUAUUCCGCCGCUGAUGUUGGACUUUCCUGUAACCACAGUUAUGCCUUUCAAUAACAUGUGGAAUCGAACUGUUAUUGAUCACAUCAACAACUUGCUGAGAUAUAAUGAGUUUCCGGUUGAUAUAAUUGAUUGUGGUAAUCAUCGUAUAUUCACUUUGUAUUACAACGGUCAAGAUUUCACAGAGUUUUUGGUAAAUAAUCAAAUGGCUUUAUUGGUGCCGUCAAAUCAGCCACUUAGGCCUCCUCAUGAUGCUCCUAUAGUUAAGCAACACCAGCAACCACUUCAACAGCCGGGCGUAAUGUAUCGACCAGCACCUGCACCUACACCAGCACCGGCACCGGUACCAUGCGAACCACAUCCAAUGAUUAAUAACAAUAACGAUAAUUAUCCAAUGAAAUUGCGACAGCCGCGAACAAUCGUGAACAAUAAACCGGUCCAAGAAAAUUGGCGACGACCGUAUCCAACUACCAUUCAACAAAUGCGACCACCAUCAUCAACAUCACCUCGUACCCAAGAUUCAGCGGCCUUCAAGUCGCGUAACUUGGAACGUGACACAAAACAUCAAGUGCUUGUGUCAGAUGUUGAAGACGGCCCGUUGAAAUUUAACGUGCAGCUGCAGAGCUGCGCUCAAGAGCUAGAGACUUUGAUGAGAAAUAUAAAUACUCUUCCGUUGAAAUCACUGCAGGAUCCACCGAUUCACGGCGCUGCUUGUCUUGCUCUCAACACAAAAACACAGCUUAUACGUCGCGCAGUUGUCUCAACUGUUAUUGAUACUCUUAAGCUUAAAGUUUGGUACUGCGAUUUCGGUGAUCAAGAAAUUUUACCGCACUCAAGUAUUUUCGAAAUACCGCCAAAUUAUGCAAAUCCGCAGGCAUUGUCUAUAAUUUUUACUUUGAGCGGCGUACGUGAGCUGACCGUAACAAAAGAAAUGAAAAAUUAUUUCAAAGAAUUGGUACUGGGAAAAAUAUUAACGUUGGUGGUGAUGCCGCGUGAAGAUUCACCGUUAAUGCAUUACGGUAAUCUGUUUAUCGAUGGCAAAAGUGUCUUGCAGUUAUUGCUCGAAGCUUUUCCGGACUCUGCAAUUAAAUUUCCCGAAGCUCCUCGCUUGACAGCCGGCACACGCGAAAAUGUCCACGUGUCUUACGUUCACGCUUGCAGUAAAUUUUUUGUCCAACUCGCUAAAAAUGUAUUAGAUAUGGAGGCCUUGUCUAAUCAUUUGAUAGAAUGCGUUAAAAUUGCGCCGCCAAUUAAAGCGUCGACAAUCAGACCUGGCUUGAAAUGUUUAGCCCACAGUAGCGCUGACUCUGAGUGGUAUCGAGCGGAAGUUAUAAGUGUUGCUGACAAUCAAGUGACAGUACAUUACGUUGAUUAUGGUAAUGAUGAAACGAUUCCCUGCAACGCCAUCCGCUCAAUACGUAGCGAUGAUAUUACAAAAAUACCGAUUCAAGCUGUUCAGUGCGUUCUGAAUGGCUUUGAGUCGGUACCUUACAAACCAGAAGUUGACGAUAAAUUUGAAGCUUACGUCCUGGAUAAGCCACUGGUGAUGACCGUUCUUGAUGUCAAGUCAUCAGGAAUUGUUGUUGAUCUCUAUGAUUCAAACGUCAAACCAAUUGCAAAUAUAUCUGCUAAAUUGAGAAAUGGUACACUUGAUCUACCCAGUAUGCCUCCAGCUGUCCAACCUCAGCCUCCAGUCCAGCCUGCAACUCAGUAUCAAAAAGAAGUAACUGACAAUUCGAAAAAAAGUUACCGGGAAAAAAGUGAAGAGAGUGACAGCUGGUCAUCGAAAAAUCACAACGACUCUUACCCGCAGUCUCACGAGAAUUCGUCAUUCGAAAAUGCCAGAGCGAAAAAUUGGAAGAAUGCCGACAAUGAAGACAAACGUUACAAUAAUCGAGAACAAAAAUCAAACAGUCGCGACUGGUCAGGUCAUUGUGACAGAAGUAAUCGAGAUUAUUCACGAAACGAACGAUUCAACAAGGAGUCAUCUGCUCCUCGUUAUGACAGAAACGAUACAAACGACCGAUUCGACAAUGACGGCAACGUGAACAAUCGCAGAGAUCGUAGCGGCGGACGCGGGAGAAUUCAUUCGUCCGGAAGUCGAGAUAGAUUCGACCGCGAUCGCAAUAAUGCCGGAGAUACUUCAUGGAGUGAUAAAGAUUCAAACGCAUCAUCAAGAGGCAGCGGCAGACGUGGUCGCAGACCCGACAGAGGUGGACCACGUGGUGGCUCUUCCCACAGUAGAGGUGGCAGAGGAGGUAAUAGCGGAGUCAACAGCGGAAGUCGCCGAGAUCGGGCUCGAAGUACCAGCAACGAGAAUGAAAAUGAAUCAGACAGAAAUUUCAAGUACAACAAUCGAUCAAAUGAUUAUAAUAAUCACAAUUCAUCAGAUAACACCCGAUUUAAACCAAAUAAUCAAAGAUUCAAUGAUCAACGCAAUGACAGGAAUAAAAAAAGUGAAAUUGAUACUUGGGAUCCAGUUUCUGCAGCCGUUGGUUCAAAUGAAUAUUCAUCACCAUCAUCAUCAGUGCAAAUUACCCCACCCAAUAUUACUCUUGGUGCUAUAAAACACUGCGAAGUUGUUUUCAUAAAUAGUCCUACAGAUUUUCACGUGCAAUUGAAACCAGAUAAUCUAGAAUUAGAUCCUGUUAUGGAUAAAAUUGCCCAACUUUACGAGACUGGUGGCAAUAAUUUGCCUCAAUCCAAUGCUAAAGUUGGUGUCAGCUGCAUUGCACAGUACUCUGAAGAUUUUAAAUGGUACCGUGCUGUAAUUCAGUCAGUAGAAUCAACUGGAGUGACUGUAAGAUUCGUAGACUACGGGAAUAUUGAGAUUGUAAGCUUUGAUAAGAUAAAAGAGCUUGAAGCAGAUCUAGCUAAGCUACCGGUUCAAGCAAUAAACUGUAAAUUGCUUGGCGCAUCAAAAACCACAUGGGACACCAAUGAAAUUAAUGAAUUUACCUCGCUCACAGAUAUGAAAUUACUUGAAGCUGAAUUUAUUGCUCAAGAAAAUGAUGUCUACGAAGUACUUAUCCGUGAAGUUGUCAAUAAUGAACCUGUUGGGCCGUAUAUUAACGAGACUUAUUGCAAUCCUGCUGAUUUAAGUCAAGCCAAAGAAGUAGCUAAGAAUAAAAAUCGAUCUAGUCGUGGUAGCAAGCCAGCAACUCACGUGUCGUCAACAAAUUAUGCGCCACUUGACCGGAAGUGGAGCGAACCCGUUAUCAAUUUAUCUGUUGAAGAAGAUGUUAUUGUCACAUGGUUAACAAAUCCAGAUAAUUUUUACUGCCAGCUUCUUCGUACGUCGAAGGACUUCCGGACGAUGAUGAAUGAAAUACAAAAAAUUUACGCUCGACGUCAGCCUGCUCAAGAUAAUAUUGCCGUUGGGUCAUCAGUCAUUGCUAUUUUCGCUGAUGAUGGUGCAUUUUAUCGCGCUGAAGUUAUUAAAGUAAAGUCCGGUAAUUAUGAGGUUCGUUAUGUCGAUUUUGGAAACACCGCGACAGUUAAAUCCCGGGAAAUAUUUCGCGUGGAUGAAAAAUUUAUGGAUCUGCCAAAGCAAGCUGUGCUCUGUUGCUUGAAAAAUGUCGUACCUCGUGGUGGAACCGGUUGGUCUAAUGCUGAUCACAAUGAAAUUGAUCGUCUCUUUAACGUCGACCAGCUUCGAUGCUGCUUCAAUGAAGUAACCGACGGCAAGUACUUGGUUUCUAUGACGAACAACGGAAUAGAUUUAGCUGAUACUCUAGUGAAGAAAGGACUGGCGGAAUUCCCUAGUGCACCGAGUGCUGACAUUCCGUUAACCAAAGAAAUCCAUGCUAUCGUGGAUUCCAUUAAUUUGGAAACUAUUGAUGAAGUAGAACCAGAAGAGAAUGCGGACAGUGGUCAUCAUUUGUCGCAAAUAGACAUCAGCUAUUUACGCGGGCAAGUACUGAGGGUUAAAGUAUCGAAAGUGGAAAAUGUAAACAAAUUUUACAUUCAGUUGCCAUCUGCCGAAGCGAGUGAGAAAAUAAUAAAUGAUUAUAUGGCUAAUCAGAAUCAAGAGGUGAUGCCAAAACUGUUGCCACGCGAGGUGUGCCUUGGAGCGGGUUGUCUUGUUUAUACAGACAAAGGAUGGAGACGAGCUGUUGUUGUAAACUUAAUUACACAAACAACAAAUUAUGACGUGAGGUUCAUUGAUACUGGAGAAAUCGAUGUGGUCCCACUGAAUUGCAUGCUGACAUUGCCCGGAGAACUCUCAGCCAUGCAAAAGCAAUCAGUAGAGUGUAGUUUGAAAAAUGUCGUUUCCUCUCCAACUGAUGACGAAAAUCUCAGAAAUUUAAUCGAGAACUCCGAAGUAAUUAUCCGUGUCGACAGCGUUAAUGAUAACAGGCUUGUUGUUGAAGUAUUCAACGACAGUGGCAAAAAAAUAAGUCUGCAGAAUGAAGCAGAAGAAAGCAUCAGUCCAUUGUGCCCAAUGCCAAUAUUUUUCCACCAGCAUCGAGUUAUCGUUUCUCAUGUAAAUAAUUCAAAAAGUCUUUGGUUAAAGAGACUUAACGCAGACACCGAUGCCGUACUUCUCGAUGAACUUUACGAAUACUACUCAAGGUCUGGACAAUUACUGAAUAUCGAAAUUGAUAAAUUGUGCGCCGCCCAGAGUGUAGACAUGAAUUGGUAUCGGGCUAAAAUUGUCAGCAAAACAGAUUCCGGUGCAUUGGUACGUUACGUAGACUAUGGAAAUACUGAAGCAAUUCCUUACAAUCGUUUGAAAGAGUUAGAACCAAAAUUCUUUAAGCCUUCUCAGCUGGCUCUUGAAGUGAGAUUGAAGUUCAAUGUCGUCGGAGGAAUAAAAGAACAAGAAAUUUUGAAAUGUCAUUUAUUAAACAAAUCGUUCAUCGCAACACUGCAAUUGAAUGCGAACAACAAGUGGACUGUGUCAUUGAGCUCACAGUCAGGUGAACAACUGGAGGAUCAAUUACGUGAAUUAGGUUUCAUAGAUCAAGACAAUUCACAAGCAGCAGUAGUCAGCAACGAAAUCCCGGUAUCAGAUGUCGCUGAUGAACCAGAAGAUCUAAUUGUUGGAGGCAGGUACAAAGUUGUUGUCGCGCAUGUAGAAAAUCCAACGCAGUUUUGGAUUCAAAGAGCAAACGAUUUGCCUGCUAUUGAGCAGCUGGAAAAAAAAUUACAAGAAGAUGCUCCAAAUUAUCUACCAAUAGAGGGCGUUCCUGAAGACAAUCUCAUUUGCGCUGCUCUCGAUACUGAAAAUUCUCUGUGGAACCGAGCGGAAGUGAUUGUAGCUGACGCGGAGAUGGUUACUGUUCGGUACAUCGACUACGGCAACACAGAUAUACUACUCGACAUGACAAGAAUAAAACAGCUUCCGGAUUCAAUGUUGUCAAUAAAAUGCUACGCCACCAAAUGCCGGUUGGAUUUAAUUCCCAUCGAUUGCGAGGACUGGAAUGAAAGCGCAAUAGCUUCUUUCGCAGACAAGACUUUAGAAAACAAUAAUUUAACUGCAGUUGUAAUUGCCGAUGGUAAUUCAAAGCGCGUUGAUCUUAUUGAUGAUCAUGGCAGCAUUACCAAGAUGCUGGUUGAUGAAAAUUUAGCGAAACAGAUCCAAGCCCACGAAGAUGUCAUCGAUGAAUUGGUUGAAAAUGUACUCGAUCCACGGUCAACUUUCAUCUGUCACAUCAAUUCUCCUGAUGAAUUUUGGAUACAAGAAGAGAAGUCUGUCGCUGACUUAGAAUGCAUCGCAGAUCGUUUUAUCGUAGCCGACAUGUUUCCUAAAAUAACUCAAGUAAAACCAGGAGAACUUUGCGUUGCUAAAUUUCCCGAUGACAAUUCUUGGUAUCGCGCACGAAUUAUUUCUCAUGGCAAAAUGGGAACAAAUGUUUUCUAUAUUGACUAUGGUAACUCUGCAGUGUCAACUGAAAUUCGUGAAAUUCCUGAUGAUGUCAGCGCAAUACCACCGUUGUCACGCAAGUGCCGCUUACCGCUACCACAAGGAGUUGAAAAAUGGUCUGAUGCUGCCUGCCAGGAGUUUACUAAACUGGCUGAUGAUGGAGCGACAAUAUUUUUCUUGGAUGUACUCGAAGAAGGUGAAACUUCGACAGUAAAACUUACACUAGAUGGAGAAGAUAUUAUCAACUCACUUGAAAAACUUUGUGAAAAAAGUUCCCCGGUAGAAAAAUUGACUGAAUCUGGACCUCAAACAGACAGUACAGAAAAUAGAGUAUUUGUCAGCCAUGCUAACGCUCCGUAUGAUUUUUAUAUUCAAGAGCAAAAACACACGACAGAUUUAGAUGUAAUGGCAGAGAGAUUGAAGACUGCUGAUGAAUAUUCACCGAUCGAAAAUAUUGAUGAAGGAUUGCUGUGCGCCGCUCAGUUUCCUGAAGAUUCUGCUUGGUAUCGUGCCCGAGUUUUGUCACACGGCAGUUCAGGAACCCAAGUUAUUUAUAUCGACUAUGGAAACACUGCGGUGACAGCAGAACUCCGUGAUCUACCUGAUGAUUUAAAAACUCUAGCACCGUUAUCACGACACUGUCGUCUAGCUUCACCAGGAAAUGUUGAACAGUGGCCUUGUGAAGCUUAUCAAGAGUUCAUAAAACUCGUUGAUAAUGGACUGACUGAAUUUAAAAUGAAUAUUAUCGAUGAAGCUGAUGAUAUAUCAACAGUGCAGCUUCUUCUGGGUGACGAAGACGUUGCUGAAAAAUUGAAUCAGUAUUGUAAUAAAUCAGUACCUGUGAUUGAAGAAAGACUGUCUCCACUAGGUGAAGAAACUACUCCAAAUGUUAUGAUAAGUCACGUUAUUUCGCCUUCGGAAUUUUGGAUCCAAGCGGAAAAUAAAAUAACUGAGCUUGAAUCAAUGGCCAUACGUCUCAGUGACGCAGAUAAUUAUUUACCUCUGGGUUCGCUUAAUGAAAUAGGAGUAAUUUGUGCUGCUAAAUUUCCAGAAGAUGAUCAGUGGUACCGAGCUAAAGUUCAGACUCAUCAAGAUCCUGCUACAGAGACCGAAGUUAUUUUUAUUGAUUACGGUAACUCGUCUUUGACAACUGAAGUUCGUGUGCUGCCAGAAGACUUGGCUGUCAUUCCUCCACUAGCUAAAUAUUGUGCAUUGGAAAUCCCAGAUGGUGUUGAAUGCUGGUCUCUGGAAGCCUGCGAAAAGUUCAUUGAGCUGACAGCAGAAGGACAGACGAUGUUUGAAUGUAAAGAACUCGAUGGUCAAGAUCCAACCUACGUAAGUUUGAAACUUGACGGGCAAGAUGUUGUGGAAAUUCUAGCUCCGCUGUGUGCGAGCAAAGAGGCCGACAAAACUGAAGACCAAAAACCUAUUCCAGUAUCAGUGCCAGUAUCAGAACCUACUGUUGAAAAAGUAGUAAACGAAAAUGUUGAAAGUGUUGAUUGCAAAUUGAAUGAAAAUGAAAAUGAAAAGCAAUCAAUGCAUGUAAAUAUUAAAAUUGAAAAAGAAUUCGACUCACACACGUAUGAAAAAUCCCAUGAAGAAACUAUGUCAAGUAAUACGUCUGGUGUUGAUGUGCUUACGAAUUCAGACAAUUCAAAUGAUGACAAUCCAUUUGGAAAUAAUAAAGUAUCAGAAAUAGUCAACAGUACACUGAAACACUCUGUGGAAUCUGAUGCAGCUGAUUACUUUUCUGCUACCAGCGAUACUCUGAUCACUGAAAACACUUGGAUAGUAACAGAAAAUAUAUCGAAGUUCCCAACAGCCAGUAAUGAGUCCGUAGACAUCACUACCGGAGAAGAAACAAUAAUAGAAGUCGUGCGUAAUUUAUCUGAGUUGACAGUCGAUGAUAAAUUGAAUAAAAUUUCCCAAAUUGUUACUCCACCUGUUCUACCAGAUAAAUCAAUAAUCGAGUCAGUAAAUGCACCUAUUGAUAUAUCAUCUUCUGAAGUCACUGUGGAGGAACAGUCAACUAUCACCGAAGAUGAAAUUCCUCAAGCUGAACUCACGUCUGAUGCUUUUGUCGACAAGCAAGAUUCGAUUAUUAUUGAAGAUGAAAUCACUCCAGCUGAUGUAGCUUCCGGUGCGAUUGUUGAGAAAGAAGUGUCAGUAAUUACUGAAGAAAAAAAUGUUCCAAGUGAUUUGACUGAUGCUGUGAUUGUCGAACAAGACUCGGUUAUUAUUGAAGACAAAGUUGCCUCGCCUGAAAUAGUUGAAGUUUUAGUUAUAGAACAGGAAGUUACUGGAGAGAAAUUAACUCCAGCUGAAGAGGCAACUGAUGAUGUAGUCGACAGACAAGAGACCAUUAAUGCUGAAGAAACAAUAACUCCUACUGAUACGGCGACUGAUACUUUUGUUGUAGAACAGGACUCAGUUAUUAUUGUGGAAAAAAUAUCUCCGGCUGAAAUCACAACUGAUGCUGUGGUUGAAGAGCAAGACUGUGUUAUAAUUGAACAUGAAAUUCUGCGAGUCGGUUCAGAGUCACAGCCGAUGAACAAAUCGAUUGUCAAUGAGGAACUAACGCCGCAACAUGACGCAGUAAUUGAGUCGUCUGAUUGUUUAGUCAAAGAGAAAGAGGCGAAUGAUAAAGAACAAGUCUCUCCUUCUUAUUCAGUACCGCCAUCACCAAUGAGAGAACUGCCCAGAUAUGGACGGCGCAGCUCGACGCCACACGAAGACAAAAUAGUGCCAGGAUGCAUCAACAAAGGGAUUGAUCUUGAUCCAGAAGCUGAUCAAGUUCUUUAAGUUUAAAAUAUUUAGAAAUGUUCUUAAAAUUUUUUAAAAGGCGAUUAGUAAUAUCGUAAUAAUUUACACUCAUAGUAAUAAAUAUUUAUAGAUAUUUAAAUUCAGUACCACUUCAAUCAGUCAUUAGUCGUUUCUAUAUCCAGAAACUUUGGACGAUAAUCGAUAAUUAAUUAUAUUUUAAUUAACAUUUCUGUUCGUUUUUUUCUCAAUUUUAAGAGGAAAUUAAUAAUUAUUAUUAUGUGCCACGUUAUUAAUUUUCCAAAGAUACUGAAUUAAUAUAUUAAUUACUUUUUGUAUUUUUAUUAUUGUUUAUUUAAAUACUUUUCUUUAUUUAUUUUUUUUUUUGCAAAAGUGCCUGGAGCAAAUAACUUUAUUUCAUUAAAUUAUCAAGAGAUUAUUUAUUUCCGUUGAUAAGAAGAAAUUUGAUAGAAUAAAAAUCUCAAAUUUAAUUUAAUAAUUAAGAUGGAUAAUUGAUUUUUCUUUUUUAAUUAUUAUUUAAAUUAAAUAUUAUUUCUUUUGGUUACUCAGAUUUAUAAUAUUUAAUGUUAGUUUAUGUAAAGUAUAUUUUUUAUUAAAUUAAUUAUUAAUAAUUUCAUAUAUUAUCGUGAUAUGGUUAAAAUAAAAUAUUUAAAAAUGUAAGCAUUAGACUAUGACCUAGAAUGGUUCUAUUUGAUAAUUGAAUACACGAUAAAUUUGAUAAGGAUCUAAAGCAAGAAAAAAAAUUAAUUGUUAAAUAACAAUUAUAAGUAAAUAAAAAAAUAUAGUUACUAAAAAUUUAUAAAUUUAUAAUGUUAAUAAUUUAAAAUUAAGCUUUUUUUGAACUUCCGAUUUGAUGUAUAGUUACGCAGCUCAAA